GCUCACUUUUACAUCGAUUUUUUUGUUUUCUGCAAAGCGCUUGCAACAAGAGUGCACACAGACAUGAAGCGGCUGAGACGAGUAAUUAGCAAGCAAAACACAACACCGGCAUCGCCCGUGCUCGCAAAUGAUGUGCCGACUGGGCCUGCAAGCUGGUCGGCCGAAGCAACCGAGGACCGGUCCAAUUCGGCCACCUUGCCAAUCACCAGCAGCGGCUCCGGCGACAGCAAAGAGGGCUCGUUCCUGGGCAUCGACCUGUGGCCGCGGCUCGGCCGGUCGUCGCAGCGGCGGCGGGAGAAUAGCGAGUCGCCCUCCCUGGCCGCCUUGCCCAUGGAGGCCAGCCCACAGCAGCUGCCCUCAAUGCACCGAGCCUCACACUCGUUUUCCUCGCCGUACUCGCCGAUCACGGCAGCAAAGGACCUGCGUCUUUUGCGCGAGGGUAGCCUGCAUAAGCGCACGUCCUCGUCGGUUCUGCCAUCGAAGCUGCCGCAACGGUUCCCGUUCGGCACCAGCAUUUUCUCGACAGCCAAGCAGAUCCCGCAGUCGCCGACCCUGCGCAGCCGGUUUAUGCACCAAAGACAACCCACAGCUGACAGUAUACCAGAGCCGCCCGACCAGCCGGAUGUGCCCAAGCAGGAGUUCAUUGGGUAUCCGCCAGGCGGCUUGGAGGUGCGCGGCAAUGCGCUGGUGCUUGUGUGCGAGCAGCGGUCGCCGGAUAUCUGCGAGUACACGGUGCGCCAGGACUCGGCGGGAAUACGGGCCAGCGAUAUAAUGGCGAUUGCGUUGAUGUCGUGGGCUGGCCAUAUCUUUUUCCGCGGCCCUAUUCUGCUUGCCUUCCUGCCAAUGGUGCUGUAUCUAGUGCGGUCCGGUUUGCAGGUCUACAAGGAGACACUGGUGGUGAUUCGGGAUGUGGGAAUACAGACCGAAACUGUGACGUUGGCGGGGUUCCGCAGCGUGCGCAGCUACGAGCGACACCAGAUCGGAGACAUCGUUAUACAUGAGGCACUGCAUAUGUUCGAGUACCGGUACUAUAUGGCCAUUAUGCCCAGGGACCCCGAGCACCGAAUCGUCAUCAUGUUCCCGCACCUGCUGCCCAAGCUCGAUGGCAUUUUGCAUGUAUACCAUGGCGCGCGCCAGCUGCUGUUCUCGUAGCAAGAUCGCUCUUUUUCCACAUAGUAUAUAGCAAAACCAAUAUUCACA